CCUGUGAAAUCGUAUUAAUCUGCGAGAUCUGCCGCGCGAGAUAUUCGAUAAAUUGGGGAGGGGGUGAAGGAGCCGCCGCUGCCCCCGCGCCCGGAGAGGCGGCGGCGAAGCGGCCGCGGGUUCCCCCCGUGUCCCUCGCAGUGUCCACCCCGCUGGGCCAGGGCAGGGUGAACCAGCUCGGAGGGGUUUUCAUCAACGGGCGCCCGCUGCCCAACCACAUCCGCCACAAGAUCGUGGAGAUGGCGCACCACGGCAUCCGGCCCUGCGUGAUCUCCCGGCAGCUCCGCGUCUCCCACGGCUGCGUCUCCAAAAUCCUCUGCCGCUACCAGGAGACGGGAUCCAUCCGGCCCGGGGCCAUCGGCGGCAGCAAGCCCAGGGUCGCGACUCCCGACGUGGAGAAGAAAAUCGAGGAAUACAAGCGGGAGAACCCCGGGAUGUUCAGCUGGGAGAUCCGGGACCGGCUGCUGAAGGACGGGCACUGCGACCGCAGCACGGUGCCCUCAGGUUUAGUGAGUUCGAUUAGCCGCGUGCUCCGCAUCAAAUUCGGCAAGAAAGAGGAGGACGAGGACUGCGACAAGAAGGAGGAGGACGGCGACAAGAAGGCCAAGCACAGCAUCGACGGCAUCCUGGGCGACAAAGGGAACCGCCUGGACGAGGGCUCGGACGUGGAGUCGGAGCCGGACCUGCCGCUGAAGCGGAAGCAGCGCCGCAGCCGCACCACCUUCACGGCCGAGCAGCUGGAGGAGCUGGAGAAGGCGUUCGAGAGGACGCACUACCCCGACAUCUACACCCGCGAGGAGCUGGCCCAGCGCACCAAGCUCACCGAGGCCCGCGUGCAGGUAAGGCCCGGCCUAAGCGCGCGGCCCGGCCUAAUCUGGCCUAAUCAGCCCGGCCUAAUCUGGCCUAAGCAGCCCGGCCUAAUCUGGCCUAAGCAGCCCGGCCUAAUCUGGCCUAAUCAACCCGGCCUAAUCUGGCCUAAGCGGCCCAGCCUAAUCUGGCCUAAUCAACCUGGCCUAAUCUGGCCUAAGCAGCCCGGCCACGGUCCUCAGCCCGGCCUAGCGCGCUCCCCAGCCUAAUCCUGCACACCAGGCUAACCCUGCAGAGCCCAGCCUAACCCCGAACAUUCCGGCCUAACCCCACACAUCCCAGCCUAACCCUGUGCACCCCAGCCUAACCGUGCGCAGCCCAGCCCAACCCUGCACAUUCUGGCCUAACCCAGGCUCCCUGGACUAACCCUUCUGUCCCCAGUUUAACCCUGUGCACACCAGGCUAACCCUGUACAGCCCAGCCCAACCCUGCACAUUCUGGCCUAACCCCAGGCUCCCUGGACUAACCCCUCUCUCCUCAGCCUAAUUCUGUGCACCCCAGCCUAACUCUGCACCGCCCAGCCUAAUCGUGGGCAGCCCAGCCCAACCCCACACAUCCCAGCCUAACCCUGCACAUGCUGGCCUAACCUCAGGCUCCCCUGCCUAACCCUGCACACCCCGGCUUAACCCCAUUCUCCCUGACAUAUCCAUAUGCAGCCGAGCCUAAUCCUGUGCACUGCAGUCUAACCCCACAUAGCCCAACCUAACCCCAGACUUCCCAAACUAACCCUGCAUGUCCUGGCCCAACUCUGUGCAUCCCAGCUUAACCCUGUCCAUCCCAGCUUAACCCUGCUCUCCCUGACCUAACCCUAUGCACUCCAGCCUAAGACUGUGUAGCCCAGCCUAACCCUGUGCAUCCCAGCCUAACCCUUCACAACCCAACCUAACCCUGUGUAGCCCAGCCUAACCCUCUUCAUCCCAGCUUAACCCCGUUCUCCCCGAUCUAACCUUGUGUAGCCCAGCCUAACCCUGCUCUCCCUGGCCUAAUCCUAUCCACUCCAGCCUAACCCUGUGCACCCCAGCCUGGCCCCGCUCUCCCUGGCCUAACCCUGCUUUCCCUGGCCUAACCCUUCUCAGCCCAGCCUAACCCCACUCAGCCCAGCCUAACCCUGCUCUCCCCACCCAGAACGUGG